CGUCGCUCGCUGUUCAGUCUGACAGGACAACCAAUCGAUGUGUUCGAGCCUCGUGGAUCAGUCCGACAGGACAACCAAUCGAUGCCUGCGAGGACGGAUAACUUUAACCAAAAUGGAGCAGAGCAUCGGGUCGCUGCAGGAGCAGGCUUUGAAAAGAAAGGAGCGGUUAAAAGCAUUAAAGAGCAGAAAACUUCAGGGCCGUGACGAUGAGGAAGGAGAACCUGAGAGGAAGAGGGCCCUGGCAGAAGAGGCAGAGGAGAAGCACAGGGAGAUCAAGUUGAGGAACUAUACCCCAGAGGAUGUAGAACUGAAAGACAGACAGGUACCCAAGGCCAAGCCUGCUUCAGUGGAAGAUAAAGUAAAAGAACAACUUGAGGCCGCUAACCCAGAGCCCAUAAUCGAAGAAGUGGAUUUGGCCAACCUGGCCCCGAGGAAACCUGACUGGGAUCUGAAGCGAGAUGUGGCGAAGAAGCUGGAGAAACUGGAGCGGAGAACACAGAGGGCCAUCGCAGAGCUCAUCAGGGACCGCCUUCGAGGUAGUGAGGAAGAACUGGCGGAUGCCGUUGGAGCAGUAUGCGUGACACAAGGAGAUUCAGACUGACCUGGACUCAUGACACCUAGUGCCACAGCAGGGACCCGGCCUCCAUACAGCCACAUUCACCUUGUGUUAGGGACUCACUGUGGUCACUGGAACAACCCUUUUCUAUGUCCUAUUGUCCUACGUCCUAUAAAAUGUCAUGACGUGUGGUUGCUGAUGAAGAUGGUCCAACAUGUAGUGUUUGCAGGAUGUUGAACUAGCACGCCUACCCUUGGUUUGUAAACCGUCAAUGUGAUAAACUAAAUGUUUUAUAUUUUCCAGGAAA